AUGAAGUCGGCCAUCCUUGCUGUCACCCUCGCCUUCGGCAUCAUCGGCGCCUCGGCAACGAUCAAGUACGAGUACGACCAGGACGGAUCGGUGACGGUGGCAUACGUGGUCCGCGACUCGCCAGCCCCGGCCACGGCGCGUGCGAAGGCGGCCCGCUCGGCAUCGGGCGGGUGCUCGCGCUGCCGCGACCAGUGCCUGCGCGGGGUGCUCUCGGCGGCCAGCGCCGCGCCCGACUUCUGCGCCUCGUUCCUCGCCGCCACGUACACGGCUGCCGGCGACUUCGCGCCCGUCCAGACGCAGUGCGCGACCGACGCCGGCCGAGUCAGCUCGGCGUGCUCGUGCCUUGUCCAGCCGACCUCGUCGGCCUCGUCUGUGUCGUCCUCGGUCCCGACCACGUCGACCGUGUCCUCCUCGACUUCGACUUCGGCUUCGGUGACUGAGUCCUCUUCGACUGAGUCCUCUUCGACUGCGACUCCAACACCGACCGCACCAGCCUGCGCUCCUCUCGGCGCCUCGUGCGACCUCGCUCACCCCGAGCUUUGCUGCAGCAUGGCAUGCCAUGCUGGUGGCUCGGAUGGGGGAUACUGCUUCGAUCUUGGCGGCGGCCCGGGCUAUCAGGAAUAA